AGCCCCCGUGUCCCAGAAUUCCGCUGAAAAUACAACACUUUCGUCGGCUGCUAUUCUGAAAUGAACAUUCGAAGCGUAUUCUUGAACAAUAGAGCGGCAUUUUUUAAAAACUCGAUCGUUCCAUUUGUGUGGAGAAAUCGAUCUGUUAAUCAUGAUCAAACCUCUUUGUUUGAGACGGACUUAUCCUGAGCGAGGCCGGCCAGUGAUCAGCCUGUUACCAUGGAGAUUGAGGACCAGUUAAUCACGGCGGAGGAGGUGGCUGCAGUGCCAGUGGUCAGCGUGGCAUCCGGAAAUGACCAGGAGGUGAUUGGAAUGCUGCUUGCCCAGCAGGCAGAACACGAAGAAGGGGACCUGGAAAUAGAACAGCCAAACACAUCUGAGGCUGGGGCUGAGGUUUUACCCACUGGCACCAUAACCUCCUCAGUGGCAGAUGCAAGCAGUCUGACCUUCGGUGAUGGACAAAAUCUGCAUGUACAGGCGGUACAGUUCUCGGAUGGAUCCACUGCCAUUAUUCAACAGAAAGAUCUCGUUGACGGUCAAACAGUGCAGCUUGCCGAUGGCUCUACUGCUUUCAUCCAACAAAUACCUACACCUGAGAAGACACCCAGUUUUGAAGAUGGUCAAGCAGUGCAGCUGGAAGAUGGCUCUACUGCCUACAUCCUAAGAUCCCAACCUAAAGGUGAAAACUUGCAAGCUGUUCAACUCGAAGAUGGAACCACAGCCUUCAUUCAAACACAGUUGCCCUCUGAGGGAUACACUGACCAAUCGCAAGGUUUUUCCAACACGGAUGAUUCUGUGGACCCAGCUACCAUGAAUGUACUGGAUCAAUUUGCAAAUCAACAGAUCGAACCUGAUGCGUGCGGUUCUCAGGAUGACGUGUCCAAAGUGCGCAAGCCGGCAAUCAUGUCUAGCAUCAAGACCACUAUCAGCCUCGUCAAUUCCGGUAUUGGGGACGGAUCCUGCUCAAAGGGUUACAGGUGUCGGUAUAACGGGUGUGGGAGAAUGUACACUACGGCACACCAUCUCAAGGUCCAUGAGCGCUCUCACUCCGGUGAAAAGCCUUACAAGUGCGAAGUGCAAGGCUGCGGCAAGGCGUUUGCUUCAGGCUACGGGUUGAAGAGCCACACGCGGGUCCACACUGGUGAGAAGCCGUAUCGCUGCCCCCAGGAUAUGUGUUUUAGGGCUUUCAAGACAUCAGGCGAUCUACAGAAACAUGUGCGGACGCAUACAGGAGAGAGACCAUUUAAGUGCCCGUUUGAAGGUUGCGACAAAUGCUUCACAACGUCCAACAUCCGGAAGGUUCACAUUCGCACGCACACAGGAGAGCGGCCUUACAUCUGUGACGAGCCCCAAUGCGGGCGAGCCUUCGCCAGCGCCACCAACUACAAGAACCACAUGAGGAUUCAUACAGGUGAGAAGCCCUAUGUAUGCACGGUAGCUGGUUGCGGCAAGCGUUUCACCGAGUACUCCAGUCUGUACAAGCAUCACGUUGUCCACACACAUUCCAAACCUUACAUCUGCAGUCACUGCGGCAAGAAUUACCGUCAAACGUCCACGCUGGCGAUGCACAAGCGCACGGCGCACGGCGACGUCGAGGAAAACGAAGAAAUGGAAGCUCAGACGCAGUUCUUCACCACACACACGGUUGCAGGAGCAAAUCCAGGCAUUGCGAGCAGUGCCGUGCCAAUGGCUAUCACAAAGCGACAACCGGUCCAGUAUGAUAUCCCAACCGUGACAAGCGAGGCCGCUACCCUGGCCACGGAAAACAUUGUCAUACAUGCCUCAGGGGCAGGCAUACUCCAACAGGCAGCAGCAGCAAACGUUAUCCAGUCACAGAUGAGUAAUAUCGUUGGUUCGUCGAGCCAAGUUACCAUGGUAACCAGCGUUGAUCCCGAGGUUGCCAUGGCAGCCAUCAAAGCCGCGGCAGAGGAGACGGCAUUGCACGUGGUGACGGGCGAUGGUCAGGUAUUGACCGAAGACCAGAGACAGCAGUUGCAGGAUGCCAUUGUUGCUGUAAAUGUACAAGAGACUUCAGAGGGAGUAAGUAUGGAGAAUGUAGUCACCGCAGUCGAAACAGACCCAGCCAUGGCCUCAUUGGAGGCAUAGACUGCUUAAAGGGAGCGUGCAGCAAAUGUAGAAGAGCAAAAAGUAUAUUGUUUUGGGACAAAAACUUAACAAAAGGAAGGAAUACUGGUCUAUACUGAUAGUACGCUUCAAGUUCCCAUCUUGUAGGAUCUUCAAUUCUGUGAUUAUAAAGCAAUGCCUCUUAUAAUGCGGUUCAGUUGCCUGCCGAAUCCAACAUUUUGCCUGAGGAAUGUACACAAGGGGUUAACUGCUCAUAGUCGGAUCCUGUUGGAUUCAGCAGGGUUAGGGUUAAAAAAAAUGCCUUAUUCAAUCAAAUUGAAACACUACUAGACUAAGCUGGUAUAUUGUGAAGUUUUCUUUAUUUAGCAGCAUCAUAAAAGUAUACAUGUAUAUUCACAAAGGUGCAGUAAUAUGAAAUGACUCUUGUGUUUCAAGUCUGUUUUAAUGACUACUGCAUUAUUUUAAAAAUCUGUGCACCCUAACAUCACCAGUAAUUUUACAGUCAGAAAAUUCCUGAAUCCUUCAAGAUCCAACACCAGGCCAAUUUAUAAAAUAGAUUCACAGAAGUGGCUUCCGCAUGAAUAAGGUAUGUUUCAUGCAGCUGCUGAUCAGAAAAUGUUUAUGUUGCUAAG